GUGACGUCAGUAAACAUUAGCCGGCUGUCUCCGUGGCAGCCGGGGCUGCAGGAGAGUGGAAGAGAGAAGCUCAGCAGCUGUAAGAGAAAGUAGCAAUGGCUAAAGACUCUCUAUCCGAAGCUGGGAUGCACUUUGAUGAGCUCAACAAGCUGCGCAUCUUGGAUCCAGAUGUCUCCCAGCAAACCACAGUGCUGAAAGAGGAAUGCAGGGAGUUUGUAGACAAAAUAGGGGAUUUUCAGAAAAUAGUAGGUGGAUUAAUCGACAUUGUGGAUCAGCUGGCUAAAGAAACCGAAAACGAGAAGAUGAAGGCUAUUGGUGCUCGCAAUCUGUUGAAAUCCAUCACGAAACAACGAGAAGCACAGCAACAGCAACUGCACGCGUUAAUAGCAGAAAAGAAGAUGCAAUUAGAAAGGUACCGGGUAGAAUACGAAGCUCUGUGUAAAGUAGAAGCCGAGCAGAACGAAUUUAUUGACCAGUUCAUCCUGCAGAAAUGAGAGACUUCUAAAGACCCGCUUGGCAAUUUUCAUGGAACAUUUGUUAGAAAACUUUCAU